AAGUGCAGUGGCCGCCGGUCGGCGCGCUCGUUGACGCCGCCGCGUGCGGGCCGAUCGGCAUUCCGAUGUGGGGAGCGAUGUAACCGCCGUGCGGACUCCGCGUCUCCUCCGGCCGCCCCCACGCCGCCCGCGAGGACCCAACAUGUCCGACCCGAAGGAGGCGAACUCUUGUCCCGACGGCUACCGCGCCCUGAGCGCCGGCGAGCUGAGGGAGCUUCUGCUGAACGACGACAAAAUGGACCAAAUCCUCCGGCUCAAUGAGAAGCUCCAGGAGCUCCAGGUGGACCGGGAGACGCUGCAGGCGACCAACCGGAGGCUCGCCGAGGACAGCCUCGCCCGACAGCCCCGCCUGUGCAACGGCAAAGUCCAACUGGCGGAGAAAUACCGGGAGCUGUCCAACCUGGCAACGGCGUGCCGGGAAAAACGGAGUCAGCUCGGGGCUCACCUGGAGAAACGCGGGCUGCAGACGGCGCUAAGCCUCCUGCAGAGAGUGCUCGUCCGAGGCUCGGAGGAGCUGCUGGAGAAGUUCAUGGAGGGAACCGCGAGCCUGGACCACUUCCUGGACUCCUUCCAGAGCUCCAGGAAGACGUACCACGUCCGCCGGGCCCAGGCGGAGAAGAUGCAGGAGGCCGCGCGGGCCAAGCGGCCGGCGAGCAGGGCCAAGGGGGCGGCGGCGGAGGAGAGCGGGGGGGUGAAGCGGGACUCGGAGCCGCGGCGGCUCAACGGCUUCGUAGCUCAGGGGCCCCUCCGCGUGUUCCAGGUCCGCUACGGCCUCACGCCCGCCAUCCUCCUCCCGCACCACCCCGUCUCGCCACCCGCCUCGGCGCCGAGCUGCGCUCCGCCGGCCGAGCCCCAGCCGGGCCACGCCCACGUCCUCGCCAACCCGAUGGCGGGCCACGGCCAGCCGGUGGGGCUCAGGGUCAUCGGACAGUUACCGGGCGGCUGGCCGGCCAACGGGAGGCCCGUGAGGAUGCAGCAGCUUUACAGGCCGAACCCCCAACAGCCGGAACCGCCGUACCGAUAGCGCCCCCGAGAGGAAGAGGGAGGGAGGGCCGGGGGCGUGAUGAAGAGCUGCCAAACAGUGACCGUCACAGCCACGCGGGCUGAGACUGAUCGGGAAGCACCGCCGACGACCAACAUGAUCAAACCUCAUUGUUCUCCUCUGGAGAUGGAAACGUAUGCAGCGAUCUGCCGGCCGAUUUGGGCGUUUUUGGUCUUCGCUCCACCGUUGCCGUGGCUGCGAGUGGAAGGCCGCCGGCGAGGAUGCGGAGACGCUCGGCUCGGUCGCGCCGCUUCAGUCCGAGCGUCUAACUAUGAUUUAAGUUGUUUAUCUUUCGUGGGUCUGAAGCUUUAUUUCGGUGUCGUGAUCAUGUUGCUCCUGAAGGGACGGCGGCUCGUCGACACACAUCUCGUAUCCGUCUACAGACUACAGACGUCCACGUUUCUUUCUCCUCGGGAAGAUGUAAACCGUUUUUAGUUAUUUUAUUAUUUUUAUAUAUCUAUACUUUAAACUGAGUUUGUGCUGCACAUCUCAGUAGAGAAAACGAAACAGAAAGGAUGUCAUUGUUCACUCAGCGACGCAUCAAUAAAAUGAUGUUUUUAAUAUAAACUUUUGUUUUUCGCCUCAUCAAAACCGCAACAAUCACACAAGAUCACCAACGCUGACGAUUACAUCCAGUUAAAACCAAAACAAAUGGAGAGAGUGGUAUUAAUUAUUCCCAGAACAUAACCUGUCAAUAACGCCCCCCCCCCUUCCAUAAAAAGCCGCCUUGUGCAAUCUCAUGAACCGUGUUGGAGCUCACACAUUUUAUUUAUUCAUGUAAAUCCGAUUUUAAAUGGCCGACUUCAAAGCUUCUUGUUUAGCGUGGAUAAAUGAAGAGCUGCUCCUCUUUCAAACCCCCCCCGAGGACGAAGAGUGAGGGGAAUUUCAUCUGUGAGACAAACACAAGGAUGUUGGUCUCCGCAUUCAACCUUCUGCUUUUAAAGCAGAUCUCUGGAUUGUAGUUUUUUCUCAUCGACUCAUUUUACGAAGAGGAAUGUUCUUCAGUGCAUUUGAAGACUCGAGGGCGGUUCUGUUGUAUCUUUCAUGUCAAAUAACACAAACCAACUGCCGAGAUCUGUGACUGAAGCUACGAGGCUAAAAAUAACUUAUGUAAUAUUGAACUGAAGCAUCAGCAGCUUAUGGAAAGAUGAGAAUAGAAGCUGCUACAAAAGAGCAAGUUUGGUUUAAUUUUGGUUUGUUUGUUUUUCUCUCUGACUUCCUAUUUAUUGAGACAUUUUGGUGAAGCUGUUGUCUGUUGCCACAUUCGGAUCUGUACAGUGUUUUUAAUUAAAUUCUCAAACGUUUGCCACAAGAUACAAUAGAUUCUUUUAAAGUGUGAAAGCACCGUUCUCGAUGUCGAGGUGUUUGGUCAAACAUGUCAUACUUUAUUUUAUUCCUCGGCCCAACUGAUUUCUAUUGGUUUCUUUUUGUCAUAACUACAAUUAAAUUAAAAGUAAAGUUUGAUCUAUUUGAGUUGCUUCUUGCGACUCUUAAAGGAACAGCUCAACGUUUGUGGUAAAUCAUCUCGUUUGCUUUCCCGGAGGAGCUGGAUGGAACCUCGACGACGCUUUCCAGAGGUGCAAAUGUCGGCGCUGAAGGAAUCCGCCUCGGGCCUUCGUUCUAUCUAUGAAACCCGCAGGAGGGAAAUGUCAACGUGUGGGAAAAUUCUGAUCUUUGACCUCGUUACACAAAAGGAAAAUAACCAAUCCGACGGCUUCGUCGGCUCAUAAGUGGAUUACUGGUGUCUGGAUGAUGAUAAUUAACCGAAUCAGAGCUUUAUGGAUUUACAGCAAGAAAACCUAAAUAAGACCGUUAAAGGUCCUCGUA